UUUACAUUACAGAAGAAGAAGCAGUUCCUCCGCACUUCUCUCUCUCCUCUCUCUCUCUCUCUCUCUCUCUCUCUCUCUCUCUCUCUUGUUUUCUCUCUCUCUCUGAAAACUAAGAACAACGAUUCUUCAUUUUCUUCCUCUGCUUGUUGAUGGGCGAUUUUUAGGCUUAGUUCUUUUUAUUACAAUCAAUAAAUCAAUCACUCGAUCACCCGGUGGUGUUGUAGUUCUUGCGAUCUCUGAGGAGUUUGUCGGAAAAUUUUCUAGGGUUUUGUGGAAGAGGGAAAUGAGGGAUGUUCUCGAGGCUGGGAAGGAUUUUUUCGGCGUGCUGGAGACCGGUGGCGCGUCAAUAUGCGCGUAUGAGCAAGGAUGAUGACGAUCUUCCGGGCUGUGCGGACGACGCGCUCCUCUGGUGCAGGGACCUCGAAAAGCACUCAUACGGCGAGUUUUCUUUCGCCGUCGUCCAGGCCAAUGAGGUCAUUGAGGAUCACAGCCAGGUCGAGACCGGAAACGGCGCCGUCUUCGUCGGCGUCUACGACGGCCAUGGUGGUCCCGAGGCCUCUCGUUUCAUCUGCGACCACCUUUUUCUUCAUCUGAUGAGGCUUGCUCGUGAAAAUGGGAUGAUAUCUGAGGACAUUCUUAAGGGUGCUUUUUCUGCAACAGAGGAUGGAUUUUUAUCUCUUGUGCGCAGAGCAUAUGGAAUAAAACCUUUAAUUGCUGCAAUUGGCUCUUGUUGUUUAGUUGGAGUUAUCUGGGGAGGGACAUUAUACAUUGCUAAUCUUGGUGAUUCUCGAGCUGUAAUGGGUUGUUUGGGUAGAUCAAGUAAGAUUGUUGCUGAACAAUUGACUAGGGAUCACAGUGCUAGCAUGGAGGAAGUUAGACAGGAACUCAGGUCAUUGCAUCCAGAUGAUUCACAUAUUGUAGUUAUGAAGAAUGGAGUAUGGCGUAUUAAAGGCAUCAUCCAGGUUGCUGUUGCUUGCUCAUUGUUGAAUGUGUCUAGAUCUAUUGGAGAUGCAUACUUGAAGAGACCAGAGUUCUCCCUUGAUCCAUCUUUCCCGCGAUUCCAUGUUCCUGAUCCCAUUCGCAGGCCUGUGCUAACAGCAGAACCAUCAAUGUAUUCUAGAACCUUACAACCCAAAGACAAGUUUCUUAUAUUUGCCUCUGAUGGACUUUGGGAACACAUGACAAAUCAGGAAGCUGUGGAGAUUGUGUAUAAUAACCCUCGACCGGGAAUCGCAAGAAGACUUCUUAGAAAAGCUUUAAAUGAGGCUGCUAGGAAGAGGGAGAUGAGAUAUGGUGAUCUGAAGAAGGUUGAAAAAGGAAUCAGGCGGUUCUUUCAUGAUGAUAUUACAGUUGUUGUGAUUUUUAUUGACCAUGGAUUCGCGGGGAAAAGGAUUUCCGUGCCUGAACUAUCAGUGCGAGGGUUCAUCGACACUGACGGACCAUCCAAUUUUAGUAUUCUGCAAGGGAUUGAUCCAAAUGCAAGGUCCACCAUCUGAAAUGGCAAGUCUUCAUUUUCAUUCUAUGUUUUUGCUGUGUCCGAGGGCUGUUUUCUCGACAUUUCCCCCUUUUUUUCCCUUUGUUCUUCUAAAGCAAUUUGAACCUGAUUUGUCGGCCAAUCUGAUAUGCAUCCUGCGGUGAUGAUCCUUAAAGAAAAAUUACAGGUUUUUUCAGGUUCAAAUGUGUAUGCACUCAAGUUGUGCAAUAUUAGAUUUUUUUCUUUCUCAAAUAAAUUGUUUUAGCGAUCAUAUUGUUUUCUUCUUUGAUCAUAUUGUUUUCUUCUUUUUAUCUCGGGAUUACUUCUUGCCUGCAUUUUCUAAUGAUUUGUUCAAUAUGCAAGAAAAUGGAAUAAAAUUGGUCUUUAUUGUUUUGUUUAA